AAGGGCAAGGAUGGAGCGAGGCAGAGGGAAGCUGAGGGAAGGGAAGGCGCCUCUGGACGGAGAGGGACGAGGAGAAGGCGGCAGGAAGCCCAAGUUCCACUUGCACAUCAAGACGCUGACAGAUGAUGUGUUUGAUAAAUUUUCUAGCAUACGGAUUGCAGGCAGCAAAAAGGAUAGACCAGUUCUACCAAAUAUGAAACAUUCGCAUUCUUCAACUGGUGACUGGCCUGUCUCUGCAGAUGUAGAUGGCUUCGUUCCUACACCUUUCACAGACACAGAAAUCCUUGUGCUGUUUGAAAAAAUGAUGGAAGAUAUGAAUUUAAAUGAAGAUCGAAAGGCUCCUCUGAGAGAAAAAGACUUUAGUACCAAAAAAGAGAUGGUUGUGCAGUAUAUGGGUACUGCUUCUAAAGUGGGAUGCUUCAAGAGCAACAGACAGAUCUCACCUCAAGAGAUUAUAUAUGAACUGAAAACGGGAAUAGCUGAUGAGAAACUUGUUGGUUGCUUAGAAUCUCUUCGUGUGUCAUUGACCAGUAACCCUGUCAGCUGGGUUGAGAAUUUUGGACAUGAAGGACUUGGAUUAUUAUUGAACAUCUUGGAAAGGCUCAUGGAAAUGAAACAUCAGGACAAGAUUUUGAAGAAGAUUCAACAUAAGAUCAUACAGUGUUUGAAGGCUUUUAUGAAUAACAAGUAUGGUUUGGAAAGAAUAAUGGGUGAGCAGAGAAGCUUUUCAUUAUUGGCCAAAGCAAUUGAUCCCAGACAAAUCAACAUGAUGACAGAUGUAGCUAAGCUUCUUUCUGCAAUAUGUAUUGUUGGAGAAGAAAACAUCCUUGAAAAAAUUUUGGAAGCCCUGACUACUGCAGCAGAAGAGAAGAAUACUGACAGAUUUUUUCCCAUUGUGGAAGGCCUUCGGGGGAAUUCAGUCCAUUUGCAAGUAGCUUGCAUGCAGCUCAUCAAUGCUCUAGUUACAUCUCCUGAUGAUUUGGACUUCAGGCUCCACAUUAGAAAUGAAUUUAUGCGUUGUGGAUUGAAAGAGCAAUUGCCACAAUUGAAAUGCAUAAACAAUGAUGCUUUGGAUAUCCAGCUCAAAGUGUUCAGUGAACAUAAGGAAGAAGACAUGAUUGAAUUUUCUCAUCGUUUAGAAGAUAUUAGAUCAGAAUUAGAUGAAGUAAAUGAUGUCUACAAUGUAUUGUGGAACACAGUUAAGGACACAAGCGCAGAAGGUUCUUUUCUUUCUAUACUUCAGCAUCUCUUGCUGAUUCGAAAUGACUAUUGUAUACGACCUCUGUAUUUCAAAUUAAUUGAAGAGUGCAUUUCACAGAUAGUCUUGCACCGAAGUGGAGUAGACCCAGAUUUUAGUUAUCGUAAAAGGCUGGAUGUAGACUUUAGUCAUUUAAUGGAUGUUUGCAUUGAGCAAAAGAAAAUAGAAGAACUUGAAGAGAGAGCAUCAGAAUUCUCAAAAAAGUUUGAAAAUGAAUUCUUAGCUCAUCAAGAGACAAAAGCACAGCUUCAGAAAACUGAAGAAAAACUUAGUCAUUUUGAAGCAGAACAAAGAGCUCAUAAAUGCAAGAAUGGUUCAGUGACUAAUGGAACAUCUUUGGAAAGCUCACAAGCUGAUGCAACACCUGAUUUAUUGGCACCUUGCACUGGAGCAGUGCCACCCCCACCUCCACCUCCACCUCCAUUACCAGCUUCCUUUACUAAUGGUUCAGGAAAACCUCCUCUUUCUGGUGUCCCUCCUCCUCCUCCUCCUCCACUACCAACAUUGGCUGGGGUGCAACAUUCUCCUCCUCCUCAUGUGCUGCCUUUUGGAUUGAAGCCCAAAAAAGAAUUUAGGCCCGAGGUUACUAUGAAAAGAUUCAAUUGGUCAAAGAUUAGACCACAGGAAAUGAAUGAAAACUGCUUCUGGAUAUUGGCAAAUGAUGACAAAUAUGAGAAUCCUGAUCUCCUAUGCAAGCUGGAGCUUACAUUUUCUUGCCAAAAAAAUGUAAAAAAAGAUGAAGCUUUUGAAGAGAAGAAAUCUGUUAAAAAGCGAAUCAAAGAACUCAAAAUUCUGGAUCCAAAGACUGCCCAAAACCUUUCUAUCUUUCUGGGUUCUUUUCGGGUACCUUAUGAAGAAAUAAAAACAAUGAUUCUGGAAAUAGAUGAAGCCCAGCUUUCGGAAUCCAUGGUUCAGAAUUUAAUAAAGCAUCUUCCAGAACAAAAACAACUCAAUGAAUUGUCUAAACUGAAGAGUGAAUAUAAUAGUUUGUCUGAACCAGAGCAGUUUGCUAUUGUGAUGAGCAACGUGAAGAGAUUGAAGCCACGGUUGAGUGCAAUUCUUUUUAAGCUUCAGUUUGAAGAACAGGUGAACAACAUCAAACCUGACAUCAUGGCUGUCAGUGCUGCCUGUGAAGAGAUAAAGAAGAGCAGGAGCUUCAGUCAACUUCUGGAGCUAGUGUUGCUAACAGGAAAUUACAUGAAUGCGGGAUCUCGAAAUGCACAGACCUUUGGAUUUAACCUCUGCUCCUUAUGUAAACUAAAAGAUACCAAAUCUAUUGAUCAGACAAUAACACUGCUUCAUUUCCUGGUUGAAAUUUGUGAAGAGAAGUAUCCUAAUAUCCUGAGGUUUGUAGAAGACUUGCAAGACUUAGACAAAGCAAGCAGAGUUUCAGUAGAAAGCUUGGAGAAGAGCCUAAAGCAGAUGGAAGGACAGCUUAAACAACUUGAGAGGGAUUUGGAGACCUUUCCCCUCUCUGAAGAUAUUCAUGACAAAUUUGUGACAAAGAUGUCCACUUUUGCAAUUCAAGCAAAGCAACAGUUCCAGAAACUCUCUAAAAUGCACGACAGUAUGCAAAAGCUCUAUCGGAAUGUAAUGGAGUAUUAUGCCCUUGAUCUGAAGAAGGUUUCAGUGGAAGAAUUUCUAACUGACUUGAACAAUUUCAGAACAAUGUUCAUGCAAGCAGCAAAGGAUAACAUGAGAAGAAAAGAAGCUGAAGAAAAGCAGAAGCGUGCUAGAAUUGCUAAGGAAAAAGCAGAAAAAGAAAAAUUGGAGAGACAAGAAAACAAGAAAUCUCUGCUAGCAGUGAAAACAGAUGGUGAUGAGACAGGAGUGAUGGAUAGCCUACUGGAGGCCUUGCAGUCAGGUGCUGCUUUCCGAGACCGAAGAAAACGAGCAACAAGGUUUAAAGAGGUAUCACAGAAUCUCAGCCCAGUCUCCGAGAGACCUGUUCUGAAAGCCUGUAACCAUGGAAACCAGCAAGUGCCAGCAGAAAAGUUACAUUUCCAUCACAAUAUGAAUGGAAGCUCAGCAAGGAAUCCAGUCCGCAAAGAGCUUCAUCGUGAAAUGGAAGCUAAUUCAUCUGUAGAAAAGAAGAAAGCUGUUGGGAAAAAGGACGUCAGUAAUGGAAGAAGUGACAGAGGGAAGGAAAUGGAACCUGCCUGCAUUGUCCCUAAAGGAGAAGCAAUUCCUGAAGUGGAGGCUUUGUUAGCAAGACUGCGAGCCCUGUAAUUUCUCUCAUCACUUAAUCAAUUAAUGAGAGUCCCUCCAGAAGCUCAGGAAAAGCAUGUAUCAUCACUACAGCAUACAAGAGGAAUAAUUCUUCACACCAGAAAUACUUGCAAUCUUUUUUAUUUUAAAGUACAUUCCUAACUUUUAGGGUGGGUGAAACACCUCUAUGAUGUUAGCUUUCACAGCAUGCAAAGGUAUAUGCAUUGUAGAGGAGCUUUCUAACACCUGAUCUCCACUUGCCUUCUGAAGUGGCACCAUCUUGAUAUCGGGUGUUUCCUGCAUUUUGGAAUAGGUGCCUCAAAUAGGAUUUUCAUAGCUGUUACAUAUUUAAAACACUUUGCAUGAUGCACAUAUGCACACUUAGGUUCACUAUUAUAUAUUGAACUACACAUUGAGAAUGAUUUUUUUCUGUAUAUAAAAUAGUUCUUUAUAUCACUGUAAUGUGGCAAUGUGGUUUUCAUUCUAUUACUAUUAGCUAGAAGGCAAUUUGAAGCUAAAUGUAAUGGGUGACAUUUUCUUUACUAUAUGUGUCGUUUAAAACCAUUUUAAGCCAUUCUAUUGUAUUUUAAAAAGGACUAUCAAACCAUGUAUAUUCUAUAUAUUCUGUUGCUGGCAGUUUGAAAUUUUAGAGGCAAAGCAGGGUGCAAUACACCGAACUAGAGUCAGACUUAGUAAUGCUUAGAGUAGACAAACUAAAAUCAGGGAAGCAUUAGUCAUGACUACUUUUCAUUCUAUUGGUUUUAAUGGGUUUCCUCUAAGUAUUACUGAGUCUGCAUCCAACUGACACUGAUGCUUUAUAAAGUUGCACAGGUGUAAAUGGUUGCCAAAAUGUGCUGAAGUGCAUCUGUUUAUAUUUAAUGAACAGGUGGUACUUUAUGCGUAAAUGUAUGAUGAAAUGUAUAUUAAAUAUGUAGUUACUCUCAAACUUGAAAUAUAAAAUACAGUUUUCUACUGCUGGUUCAAAAUGUUAACCUUCUAAGUAUCAAAGAGUCUUAGUAUCUUUCACAUAAUGAAUCAUUAUUGGCAUGUUUGCUAAUUCAUUUGUCAAUUGCACCCCUCUGUGGAGAUUUCUAAUCGCUAUAAUACGUUGAUUCCAGUUUUAAUUAUAUAAAGACAUUUGAUUAGUUUGUACAAGCUUUGUCAGAUCAUACUUGCAGGUUACUUGGACACAGUGAUGAGUAAUAUUCAAAAUGUUUUCCAAAAAAGCCAAAAAAUUCUUUUAAAAGGUGAGCCUUAUUUAUUCCAGAAUAAGUAAAAAUAGAAAGCCACAAUGCAUUUCAUGUGAAAGAGAAUAAACUGUAUUUUUGCCCAAAAUUCCUUAUUAGUAUCUUGUAGGGAUUGCUGAAUUUAAUAUAUUGCUUUAUAAUAUUUUUUUCUUGCACUGUUUAUUCUUUUUUAAAAGGCCUUUGCAACACUGAAAUUAUUCUAAUGUAGAGAACGUCCAGCUAUUCUGUUUUAGACACCUAGAUGAUUCUUGUGACUUUUCCUGUCAUUAAUGGCCUUAAGAGACACAUGGUAGCUGCUAAGAGCAGCAUCUGAUCUCUCUCCAUCACACAGUAAAUCCUGGAAGAAGAAAUGAUAGAAUACCAUUGUGCUCAAAGUUUCUCCUCUAUUGUGUAAUCAGCAGACAAUGGAAGAGAACACACUGGUGUGGUAUCUUACCUUUUGCUGCACUGAUAGAGAACCCUUGAACUCAAAUUUACAGUGAGGGAUUCAGGCAGAGUAGAUGGGACCAGUUGUAAUUCUUAUCAACCUGAGUCAGCCCACAAAGCAUGCAAAACAGAGUUCAAUUUUGUGUGCAUCUACUUGGGAGUAAAUACUAUUUCAGGCAUAUCAGGUCAGAAAUAAGAGUCUAGCACAAACUGCUUCCCAGGUGGCAAAGCAGAGCUCAUUUCUAAGCUUCCCAAGCUUUAAAUAGCCACUUUUCAGAGAGAAAAAAACAGAAGCAGUUUUUAAAUCCAAUGCAAAAUCCCCAUGUGCCAUUUUUGUCCUGUGGGCCAGAUGUUCCUCAUUCUUAUCAGUAGGGGUUAGCAAGAACAUGCAAGGCUAAGAUAGGGUCAUUGACAUGGCUGGUGACAUCUGCACAUCCUUUGUGGUAUCUGGUAAAACACUAAAGAGUAGAAUACCAAAUACAUUUUAUAAUAGGAGAAGCAGGUUUCAUGCCACCUGCAGUUAUUUCCAAAAUUAUUAGCAUAGAGUUGUUGUACUAUAAGGGAGGAACAAAGUCAAUAGUACAUGUCCAUUUAGAAACAUCUACAUUUAUCAUUUACGUGUACCCCAGUUUUAACAACCACAUAUGGAAAUGCAUACUGUCUGUUUGUGUGUGUGUGUGUGUGUGUGUGUGUGUGUGUGUGUACACACACACACACACAUAUAUAUAUACACAAAAAGUUUUUAAAAAUCCUUUCCUCAAGCCCUGUCACCAAGAAAAAAAUAUAUGUCUGUGUGUAUAAGAGAGAGUGAGAAUGUGCUCUUCAUAUAAAAUAGAUACUUUCCCAAAGUGGCUUGGAUAGGGGAGAUCAAAAUUCUUUUAAUAAAUAUCUGCCCAGCAAAACUAAAUGAACAACAUUUGCAGAAUGUAGCUAGCUUUCGUUGUGUAUUCAUCCUUUUAAUUAAGGCCCUUCUAUUUAAGCCAAUGUUUAUUACCACAGAAUAAAUCCUUUUUGCUAUGGCAACAGUUCUGUAUUAGUCU